AUGGCUUCCUUGCAGUUUUCUUAUGAGAAUUAUAUGAAUUUGGUUUAUCAUUUAGAUAGAGUAAAUGAACCUGUCCCUCAAGAUAUCAGUAAAAGAAUAGUCUCCAAUGCAAUCGCACCUGUGAUAACGGUAAUGUCCACUUCUGAACUUGAUCAGCAUGUCCAAGAUAGCUAUAAUAUCGAUUCUUUAUACUUGUUGAUGAGAUAUUUUGGAGGAUGUAUUUCUGAUAGAGACCAAGCAAACGAGUACGUAAAGAAGGCAAAUGUUGAAAAUACUGCACAAGAAGGGGUGAAUGAUCAAAUUAUAGAAGAACAAAGAAAUUCAAAUACUUUAGAACUUCCUAAAUCGGAGAGAUAUUCAAGAAGUAGAUCUAACAGUUUAUUCCAAAGAGACUCGACACAAUCGCAUUAUAUUAGGUUUACCAAGCCCAUAGAAGAUUUGAUAAAUAGUAGAGAUUCACAUGAUAUGCUGUUUGAUUAUCAUUCAUUAGAAGUGUAUUUGGAGAAGUGCUUGUCUUUAAUUGAUAAAAAUACAAAUGACGAAACAGAUCAUAAAGCAUUGAAGAUGUCUUUAUUUCAUAGAUUCUUCUCUUCAGCUAUUUCGUCUACAACAUAUUUAUCUCCAUACGAGUCCUUCAACCAUCCUCUUAUAUCCCUGGUUGCCCUAGAUAUAUCAAAGGGACAGAAUUAUGAAGAUGCAAGGGAUCUUCUAAUUAAAUUCAAAAACCAAAAUAACGCAGUUGAAGAAUUCCCACCUUUUAUGAGUACGAAUGAUAUACUACUAGUAUUUUUAUUAUGUUAUGAUGGUGAUUCAGAAGAACAAAAAGAAAUAUGCCAAGAUGUAGUUAAGAAACUUAAGAAACAACUAUUCGCAGAAAGUUUGAUGCUACCAUUAUGGAAUAAAAGCCAUUCGGAAGACGUACAAGUUGAAUUACACCAGCCUGCCAUGUCCUCAUUAGAUGAAAUGCUAUAUUUCUUUGAACGCCCUUCAGUUCAUGAAUUACCUUUAAAUUUAAUCAAUACUAUAUAUGAUUUAAUGGAAAAACUAGUUGUAGAUUUAAUGAUACCAUUUAUGCAAAGGAAAAUAUCAUUCUGGGAAGAAACCAUAUUGCAACCAAGAAAAUCUCUAUUCCAUGGGAAUAAGUUGUUCCGCAAAUUUAUGAAUAGAUCAUCUAGUCAAACAGCUAAUCAAUACAAUAAUAUAGUAAAGGAUUCAAGGGGAAAUGAAUACUUUACAUCUUCAUCUCCAGAAUUCUUAUUAAGAAAAUUGGCUGAUUGGUCUAUGAUGAUAUCAGAUUUUAAAACUGCAUAUUCUACAUAUGAAACAUUGAUAUCGGAUCUUGAAGCACACCCAAAAUAUCUGGCAUCAUGUUUGGAAUGGUGUGCGAUUAGUAUUCUUAUGGGAGCGCAGAACAUUGUAACUGCCAAAAUGAUUAAAAAUGAUGUAAACCCACUUAUUGAAAGAUCAUUAGAUACUUAUGAACAAUGUUCAAUAUUAGCACAAAAUUCACUAGAAAAUGACGAAUUAUUAUCUGAACCUGUAAGGUCAUAUGAAACUAGAUGUAUGCUCCUUACAUCGGAACUAUUCCUUUCCUUAAAUGAUACUUGGACCUCAACCCCAUAUGCUUUAAGUAAUCUAGAAACUAUAUUAGCUGAAUGCAAACUUGGUAUAUGCUCUCAAAUUAUGAUUUGGGAAAGAUUGAGUGACUGCUAUAACAUGAGAACUGAUCCUAGAAUUAGGCAUAGAGUUGAAACUGUUACAAAAAUCGAGAACAAUGAGGGAGGACAACAACUUCAAACUGAUGAUAUUGUUUCUAAAGGUUUGGCUAGGAAAAGGAAAGCAGCAUUCUUCCGUCUGCUAGCUGCCAAGAAAUGGGCUGAACAGAAACAAUGGAGGCAGGUUAGUUGGUGUUUACGUGACGUCGAAUAUAUCUAUGACGAUUUAAGCUUUUCAAAAAGACCAGAACUUAUUUAUCAAAAGCUUAAAGACGAGUUAAAUGAAGAAAGACAAGGAAAUAAAAAACAAUAA